AUGACGAGGUUUGCCGAUAACAUCACGACCAGUAACAAUCUCGAGGCUUUGGCGUACACUUUACGCACACCUGGAGCAUCUGGGAAAGAUGUCUGUGAAUUUAUACUCGCAAGCUCUUUAUCCUCCGGCCAAGACCCGUUUUCUGUUCUUGAUAGAAGAAGUAACAUGCUUGGAGUAAUGUAUAUCUUAUCUGCAAGACUACAUAUGUACUUUAAUGCACAGAGCGGCGUGCAGAGGCCCCUAUGGGCCACAGUGAUCCAGUUUUGCGACAACUUUGAUCCAGAGCAAGUGCGCCUAGCUCCUGAGCGAAUGAUAAUGCUCGCCAAAUCCUUGAUGCGAUAUGCUUCAGAUCAAGGAAAUCUUAAACUAGCAAUACCUCUGCUCUAUUCUCUUGUCACACGGCUCCCAACUACUCCCAGCAUCCUCACUCCGAACCAUUCUAUCUUGCUCCUGAUCACACUUCAAACCAGACACAUCACUCCCGAAAUCUGCAUUUUGCUCGUUGAAAACCCCAUCGAUGAGUUGUUUAUGUUCACCAGCAUUUAUUCUGACGACAGUCUAUCGUCUAACGAUAAUCUUUUCUACCAUUAUCUCGGUGGAAUCACUCUCACAAAAAUGGGAAAUUACACUGCUGCACUCGACUACUUUGAGACUGCGCUCACUGCUCCAAGCACCCAUAACUCACCUCCUGCUGGUCUUCAACUCGAAGCGCUCAAGAAACUUCGUCUGGUGCAAUGUAUUGCCCUGGCCCGACCACAAGCGCUGCCAAAAUAUACAUCACCUGUUCUCAUGCGUAUAUUCAAGGAAUCUCCGUACCAGAAUCUGAUUAACGCUUUUCCUAGGCUGCUCGUAAGCAAAGACAGGAAACUAUACUUGUUGGAGUGUAAUCUUGGCUUGGUCGGCCUGCUUGUGUCGGAAGCUUUGAAGUGGAUUAUCAAAAGGCUAACUGAAACCUAUAUUGAGUCGAAAACUAUUCUUGCCACAAUCUCCGACUCCGGAAUUGUCAUCUUCCACGAUCCGCCUGGCACUGUAGAUAUCGGUGUAGAAGAUAUACGCCGGCUUUUAGGAGUUUUACCUACUGGAAUUGGUCUACAAAAAGUGUCCGUUUCUAUUCUUCUAGAAGCUAUACGAAGACAGUCGGUACACCUUGCUCAACUCGAUACGGAGACCGGGCGUAGCAAGGAAUUCAUUUCGAAGGCGAUCAAAACGAACGAUAAUUCUGGUACUUAUCCAUCUUCAAUGCUUCUGUCUAGAGACUGA